UGUCCCUUGAACCCCAGGGUGGUUUCAGGAGACAAGUUAGUUAAUGUUCUGCUUGACUAAUUGAUAUCACUUAAACAGUAACGUGUGCAGAAGACCGUUUAUUAGCGUCCUUUAACAUUAAGUCUUCCGAGAUGAUGAAGCGCCGCAUUUCGAUGGCAAAACAAUUUGGCAUUUCGACGCUACUGCUCCUGUUCUUUUGUCAAGGAUAUGCUGAGUGGGUUUUCGAUGGUUACUGGGAAAAUGUCCAGACGAGCUUUUAUGGGUCAUUACCAGAGCCUGAAGGGGGUAACUGCAAUCUUUCUGAUUAUGUGAAGUGUACGCAAAUAAGAGCAAACGAAUCGGUCACAACUGCAAGGAUUCGCACUAAUUAUUCGGAUUAUUUCAACGUUAACGGAACUGAUUACGAACUCGACGCUCAAAUAUCGGACUAUAUUCGUUACGUUGGCCGGCCGCUUAUCUAUUGCAUUGGGUUGAUUUGCAAUACACUUACAAUAUGUGUUUUUGCCCGAAAAGAACUUCGCCGUGUAGUGACCUGUCAGUUUUUGAUCGCCGUAGCGGUGGCGGACAUACUGAUAUUGAUAAAUGGUGUUUUUUACUGGAUUGAAUACGAGCUCUUAACCCCUGUGAUGACGGACAGUGAAGUGAUAUGUAGAAUUACUGUAUUCACGGUGUAUUGCGGACCUGAAAUUAGCGCGAUUACUUUGAUUGUCAUGAGCAUCGAGAGACUUAUGAGAAUUAUCGACCCUGCGGCCCAUGACAGGUGGUUUUCUAUUAAGAAGACGCGUUUGUAUAUCGUGAUCAUUGUCCUGGUCAUGGUAUUCUUGAACAUUAACAUCUUUUACACCCACAUAUACUUUGAUGAAUGCUGUAAGAAGGUUUGUUGGAAUAUAUACCACGAUAGCAGGGAAAUACUGGAACUCUACGAAGAAACGCAUCAAACCGGGAUGUUGAAGUUCUACGAUGUUUACAAGUGGGUGGCAUUUGUGAUAUACUGGGCCUUACCGGUCUGCAGCCUUCCUGUUAUCAACGGUUGGUUAGUGUACGAAAUAUACUUAGCAAGGAAACGGUCGCGAGGAACUGAACAAGAGAACAGCUUGCCCAGCCAUUUCUCCGGGUCUAGUGAUGAUGGUGAAUCAGAAGGCGAAGAGGAAAGGAAAAAAGCGGAAAAAGAAGUCACAAUAAUGUUGAUCCUGGUCACGGCAUCGUAUUGUAUUUUGACAACGGGAUUUAAUUUUAUACAGGUUGGGGUCAUUGACGUUUACGGCGCUGAGAGUGAGGCAGAUCUAAUUAAGAAUUCUUACGUUUUUUCUGUUUUCAUUCUUCUUUUCUACUUGAAUCAUGCAUCAAAUUUUUUUCUCUACUGUAUUAGUGUCCGGCCUUACCGCGAGGAAUUAAAAUGUAUGUUGAAGCCUUUCUACGAGUGCAUCACGAAGCCUUUUCGUACAAUAACAUGCGGUAUCUGUAGACGGAACGAUGAAGCUGAAAACGACACAGACGAAACCCCUAUUCAAUUGAGCGAAAGUAGCAGAAGUAACUAUGGGGCGUGUGAUUAGGCGAAAUAGUGAUCAACUUUUGAAAAAUCUGAACAAGUAGUGAAUAUGAGAUUUAGGGAAUCGUUUAAUUUAAGCGGAUGUGAAUCACGUACGUAUUCGAGUCACACCAAAGUACCACCAUGUUACAUGGACUCAAAACUAUGAAAAGCCUUCCCACAAAAAGCUGUAUCACUAAGACUGGGUUCCCAUAACCCUACUGUACUAGCAGGAUCGAUCUAACUCCGAGGGGAUUCUAGCUUAAUUGCAUUCAGUUUAAUUCACCUUCAAGAUAUCAUGGUAGUAUGGGACAUUGAUAAUUGUUAAAUUACAGAAACUAUAAUGACG